AUAGUGAAAGAAAAUUUCCGGGUCUGGGCUUUUUGUUCAACCCACUAAUAAUAAGAUCAAGCACUCCAUAUCCGAAAUCAAGAUCCAAUAAGCCCAUCUUCUGUGUUUGCAUACACAAUUACAGACACAAGAAGAGAGGAAAGUGAAGAAACAGAGCCAAGAUUCACAAAAUCUCCACGCCCUUUUCGAUCUCUUGUUUCCUCCGCAACAAUUCAAGAAUGUAUGAUAAUAUUGGGAACCAACCAGGUGGAACAAGACUUCCGGCAAAUGGGCAACAAAUUCCUUUUGGGAGUGCAUUCUCAGGUGCGGGCUCGGGGCUAAUUAGAGGUGGACUAGGCGCUUAUGGAGAGAAGAUUUUAGGGUCAAGUUCAGAAUAUGUGCAAAGCAAUAUAAGCAGGUACUUCUCUGAUCCCCAAUACUAUUUCCAAGUUAAUGACCACUAUGUGAGGAACAAAUUAAAGGUCGUUCUUUUCCCUUUCCUGCACAGAGGUCAUUGGACAAGAAUUACUGAACCAGUAGGAGGAAGACUUUCCUAUAAACCCCCUAUAUAUGAUAUCAAUGCUCCAGAUCUCUAUAUUCCAUUCAUGGCGUUUGGUACCUACGUUAUUCUUGCUGGAUUCUUAUUGGGUCUUCAUGGGAAGUUUACCCCUGAAGCUCUGAAUUGGCUGUUUAUCAAGGGUUUGGUGGGUUGGUUCUUGCAAGUUUCACUACUGAAAAUGUCAUUAUUUUCACUAGGUAGUGGUGAGGCACCUUUACUUGAUAUUGUAGCAUAUGCUGGAUAUACCUUCACGGGUAUGUGUAUGGCUGUAUUUGGGAAAAUUGUGUGGAGCUAUUCAUACUACUUCUUGAUGCCAUGGACAUGCUUAUGCAUGGGAAUUUUCUUGGUAAAGACGAUGAAGAGAGUACUUUUUGCAGAGGUAAGGACAUACGAUUCAAGCAGACACCACUACCUCUUGCUCUUCAUUGCUGUAGCUCAACUCCCGCUUUAUGUUUGGCUUGGCAACAUCAGUAUGAACUGGCUAUUUUAAGCUGUAUGCGUUCUUGUUGUAGUAGCAACGGUUAUAUGUAUAUGACAAUCUCAAGAAGCUUAAAACGGCAAAUUGUCCGGCUUUAGUUUGUUUGUUAGGAUAGUUGAUGUGAAAUAGUACUGUCGUUUGAUCAAAACAGCAGGUUCUCAAUUGUUUGACAAUUUAUAUAUGAUAUACAAAAUGUAAUAGUAUAUUUUUUGAA